UACGUGUGCCGGGGUUGUACGCACAGUAUUGCCUGGCUGCUGCUUUGUCGCCGUAUGAUAAGAAGGGGCGGGGCUCUACCUACACAUAGACAUUGGGGUGUUGGGCACCUAUUAAUGCCGUGCUUCUAGUAUAUGGCUGGCAUAACGGGUUUGUGGGUCUAGCUUUAGCAUGAUUGUUAAUACCACUCAUGUUAGUGAGGCGGCUGUUCAUGACACCAGUAACACAGGCAAUUUCCCUGUUACAGUCUGGGUGUCCUCUCAGCGCACUCGUCAUAGAUGAGAGUGUUGCUGUUGUGCUAUUUAUCAAGCUCUGAACGCUUGACUGUGACGGAACAACACAAAGAAAGAUGCACAUAAAAUCCGUUAUUAUUGAGGGCUUCAAGUCUUAUGCUCAGAGAACAGAGAUCAAUGGUUUUGAUCCACUCUUCAAUGCUAUUACUGGGCUUAAUGGCAGUGGCAAAUCCAAUAUUCUGGAUUCCAUUUGUUUCCUUCUCGGCAUUUCCAAUCUUACACAGGUAAGAGCUUCCAAUUUGCAAGAUCUUGUGUACAAAAAUGGCCAGGCUGGAAUAACUAAGGCCACUGUUUCAAUCACUUUUGAGAACCAUGACAAGAAGCAGAGCCCUCUGGGGUUUGAGGCACACGAUGAGAUUACUGUGACAAGACAGGUUGUUAUUGGAGGCAGAAAUAAAUAUUUAAUCAAUGGAGUGAAUGCAAACAACACUCGUGUGCAGGAUCUCUUCUGUUCCGUGGGGCUCAAUGUGAACAAUCCACACUUCCUCAUCAUGCAGGGGAGGAUAACCAAAGUUCUGAAUAUGAAGCCCCCAGAGAUUCUAGCUAUGAUAGAGGAAGCGGCAGGUACCAGGAUGUAUGAGUGCAAGAAAAUUGCUGCUCAAAAGACUAUUGAGAAAAAGGAAGCCAAGCUUAAAGAGAUCCAGACGGUUUUGGAGGAAGAGAUCACCCCGACAAUACAUAAACUUAAAGAGGAAAGAUCCUCCUAUUUGGAAUACCAGAAAAUCACACGUGAAAUUGAGCAUCUGAGCCGUCUCUAUGUGGCUUACCAGUUUGUAUGUGCAGAGGAGACAAAGGUGCGUUCUGCUGAGGAGCUGAAGGAAAUGCAGGAUUCAAUCCUUAAGCUUCAGGAGACCAUGGCAGACAAUGAGGGAAAGGUUAAAGACUUGAGCAAAGAGAUUGCAGAGCUGGAGAAGAAGAGAGAUCAGGAGAUUGGAGGGGCAUUACGGAGUUUGGAAGAAAGUCUUGCCGAAGCUCAAAGAACGGACACUAAAGCACAGAGCUCCUUGGAUCUCAAAAAACAAAACUUGAAAGGGGAAGAAAAGAAACGUAAGGAGUUGGUGAAGAGCAUGGAAGAGGAUGCCAAGGCUUUGACUAACAAAGAGAAAGAAAUUAAGAAGAUAACCGAUGGCCUGAGCUCCCUGCAGGAGACCAGUCAGAAGGAUGCAGAGGGUCUUACUGCUGCUCAGCAACAUUUCAAUGCUGUGUCUGCUGGUCUGUCCAGUAAUGAGGACGGAGAGGAGGCUACACUUGCAGGACAGAUGAUGACUUGCAAGAAUGAGAUCAGUAAAGCAGAAACAGAGUCCAAACAGGCUCAUAUGAAGCUGGCACAUGCACAACAGGAACUGAAGACUAAGCAGGCCGAGGUGAAGAAGAUGGACAGUGGCUACAAGAAAGACAAUGAGGCAUUUGAAGCUGUUAAGAAAAAUAAGGAAAAACUUGAAGCAGAAAUGAAAAAACUGAACUAUGAAGAUGGAAAAGAGGAGCAGCUUUUGGAAAAUCGCAGGGAGCUGUCUCGCAAUGUAGGGCGCCUUAGGGAAACCUAUGAGUCUCUCAUGGCACGCUACUCCAACCUUCAUUUUGAAUAUAAGGACCCAGAAAAGAACUGGGAUAGAAAACAUGUGAAGGGUCUUGUUGCUUCAUUGAUCUCUGUGAAAGACAUUUCUACUGCAACUGCCUUAGAAGUGGUGGCAGGGGGGCGGCUCUACAAUGUUGUCGUUGAUACAGAGGUUACAGGUAAAAAGUUGCUGGAGAAAGGGGAGUUAAAGCGCAGACUCACGAUCAUUCCUCUUAAUAAAAUAUCAGCUCGCCGUUUGGGACAGGAUACAGUUAAUGUAGCCAAAAAUCUGGUGGGACCUGACAAUGUGCACCUUGCUCUAACAUUGGUGGGCUAUGAGUCAGAGCUGCAAAAAGCUAUGGAAUAUGUCUUUGGAACCACAUUGGUUUGUGAUACAAUGGACAAUGCUAAAAAGGUGACCUUCGACAAACGGAUACUAACCAAAACAGUGACUCUUGGAGGAGAUACUUUUGAUCCACAGGGAACACUUAGUGGAGGUGCUCGUUCCCAAGCCCCAUCUGUGUUAUCCAAAGUACAGGAGAUUAAAGAUGUUCAGGAUGAGUUGAAAGUAAAGGAGGCAGAGCUGCAGAUGGUGGAGAAGGAGCUGGCUGCUCUGAAGAAUACAGUUGAAAGGUAUCGGCAGCUGAAGCAGCAGUGGGAAAUGAAGUCUGAAGAAGCUGAUCUCCUUCAAACUAAACUACAGCAAAGUUCAUAUCACAAACAACAGGAAGAACUUGAUGCACUGAAACAAACUAUUGAGGAAAGUGAAGAGACCCUGAAGAAAACAAAGGAGGUUCAGAAAAAGGCAGAAGAAAAAUUUAAAGUACUUGAGCACAAAAUGAAAAAUGCAGAAGCCGAGCGAGCAAGAGAACUGAAGGAAGCUCAGCAAAAACUAGAUGCAGCAAAGAAGAAAGCGGAUGCCUCAAGCAAGAAGAUGAAAGAGAAACAACAGGAAGUGGAUGCUCUUGUCUUGGAGCUUGAGGAACUGAAGAGAGAGCAAACAACCUACCAACAGCAGAUACAAGCUGUUGAUGAAGCCAUAAAAAGCUACCAAGAGCAAGUAGACAGCAUGGCAGCUGAGGUUGCAAAGAACAAGGAAGCUGUGAAGAAAUCCCAGGAAGAGCUGGCUAAGCAGAAGGAAAUUAUCAUGGAUCAUGACAAGGAAAUUAAGAGCAAGUCUACAGAUGCCAUGAAGAUGAGAGAAAGUAACAAUGACAUCCAGCUGAAGAUAAAGGAGCUAGAACAUAACAUUAGUAAACACAAGAAGGACAGUGCGGAUGCUGCUGCACGGGUUGCUAAAAUGCUGAAUGACUAUGAGUGGAUUGCUGCAGAGAAGCAUCUUUUCGGACAAGAAAACACUGCUUAUGACUUCAAAACAAACAACCCAAAGGCUGCAGGCCAGCGGCUGCAGAAAUUGCAAGAGAUGAAGGAGAAACUGGGCAGAAAUGUUAACAUGCGAGCAAUGAAUAUGUUAACACAGGCUGAGGAGAGGUACAAUGAUUUAAUGAAAAAGAAAAGGAUAGUGGAGAAUGACAAGUCAAAGAUUUUGGACACAAUUGAAGAACUUGAUCAGAAGAAAAAUGAGGCUUUGAAUAUAGCAUGGCAAAAGGUCAACAAAGACUUUGGCUCUAUCUUUUCAACUUUGUUACCUGGGGCGAAUGCUAUGUUGUCUCCACCCGAGGGGCACAAUGUUUUGGAUGGAUUGGAGUUUAAGGUUGCUUUGGGCAGUACCUGGAAAGAAAAUUUGACAGAAUUAAGUGGUGGACAACGCUCACUGGUGGCGUUGUCUCUUAUUCUCGCCAUGUUGCUUUUUAAACCUGCCCCGAUUUAUAUUUUGGAUGAAGUUGACGCUGCCUUGGACCUUUCUCAUACACAGAACAUUGGACAGAUGCUUCGUACACACUUCCGACAUUCACAGUUCAUUGUUGUGUCUCUGAAAGAUGGAAUGUUUAAUAAUGCCAAUGUCCUUUUCAAGACAAAGUUUGUGGAUGGUGUGUCUACAGUUGCGCGGUUUACACAGAAUCAGAAUGGUGGUGGUUCUGCAACGCAGCAGAGAGCAGACAAGAGCAAGUCUAAGGAAAAAAGGAGCCGCAUGCAAGUAGAUGCAUGAAGGAUAGGUGUAGGCUUUACUGUACAGUUUUUCUUUGUCUUUCAUACAUUGUGACUUUCUAUAUUUCCUCAUUGUACAUAUUUUCAUGUUAUAAGGUCAAAUAAUUGUGAAUGUCAAAAUGUAUUCCAACAUGAACUGCUUUUUAACACACAGCCAAAUGAGUUCAGUUAAAUGAAGAGCUCCUGGUUUGUUUUUAUCCACUUUUAAACUCUGACGAUAUAUAAUCCGUGUGAUCUUCUAAACGGGGUGUAGUAUGGUUUGCCGGCGGUCGGGGUCCCAGCGACCAGCAUAGCGGCGCCGGAAUCCUGACCACCGGCUUACCGACCCCCAAGAGGGAGAGAAGCUGUCGGGAUUCCGGCGCCGUUAUGGUGGUCGCCGGGAGCCCGGCCGCCAGCAACCUGAAGACCACCCUUUCUAAACUUUGAGUUACCAAAACAUUUCAGCUUUUCAGUAUGUAACUUUGUAUGAAUAAAAUAUUUCUAAUAAAAAGUCA